AUGGCGCCCGGCUGUCCUGAAGAAGUAGACGUGUUUACAGUUCCUCAUUCCAGAAUGAAGGAACUGGUUUGCCAAUACCUUGACAUGCUUACUGCUACCAACUUCUCUGAUGUUACCAAGUUCACCAUGCUGCUGGGAAUCUUGAUAAGAACAUUCAACGAGUUCAUUGCUCAUGAGCAGAUUGAAAACCAAUUCAUCAUGAAGAAAUUAAAGAACAAGCUUCGCUCAUUGUCGAUACAGAACACAGCAGUUUGUAAUUGUCACAAAGACAACAGUUUGUCGGACAUGCUGUCACUGCUCCAAGAUGGCUACAAGUGCACAAAGAAAACUGAGGCUGACCGGAGAAAUUUUGGCCUCCAGCUGCGGCAAAGUCUUGAGGAAUUUACAGAGACAUUCUUACCUCACAUGGCAGAGGAGGAAGAGGUUUUCCAGCCAUUGUUGAUGGAGUACUUUACGGUGGAUGAGUUGAAGCAGAUCAAGGCCACCGUCAUCCAGAAACACUUCUGUGCAGAGCCGGAAGACAUGCCAGAGAAAUUUGUUAAUGAUAACAAAUCCAGCAAGCCGAUUAAAAACAAAAACGCAGUCCCUGAACCCCCUGUGUACCAGCCCUCACUGGAUGCAUUACCUGAUGAGGCCCUUCUACAGGUGUUUUCCCACCUGGACGUACAAGGCCUGGCGAGGUGUGCACAGGUUAGCCAUAGGUGGAACCAGAUCGCAAUGGAUGGAUCACUGUGGACACAGCUCUAUCCUGUUAGCUGGUCUAGAGGUGACUGGUCAGCAACAUGUGGUAUAGACGAAGAAGUCAGCCAGGAUGUGGCCAGCAAGUUGGAAGGCCGGCCCCUGGACGAGGAUGCAGACAUUGACGAAGCCGAUACCUGGGACACUGAAGCUCAACAGAUCCAACAUGAGUCCAGCAUGUUGACGUCGAUGUGUCGAUACUUGUUACCGAGGGUUGGGCGUUCCGUACAAGUGUGUGAUCUUGCCUACAGCAAGGGGCUGACCAAUGGCACACUGUACAAGUUUUUGAGCCUCUGUCCAAACCUGGAGCACCUUGACCUUUCACAGACGCGGGUCUCUGACCUUGGAUUUAAAGGAUUCAAAAAAGGCAAUUGUGGUCACAAGCUGCGGCAUUUGGACCUCUCGGGAUGUCUAUACAUCACUGACCUCACUCUGAGCAGGCUCUCAACUGCUCUUGGUCAGAUUCCAUGUCACAUGACCGAUAGCUCUUCUGUGAUUGGUCAUGCUGAGAGGCUAGAAGAGGAUGAAACAAAGAAUAGAGUCAAAGAAACCAUCGUCGAGAAAAGUGAAACAGAUGCCCCUGAGAAGAAAUCUAUGGUAUCCUCUUGUAAUGAUCAGCAGAAAAGUGCUUUUAGACUGAAUAAAUGUUGUGGGAAAGACUUGAAGUCACAGAGUGCUAGUCAUAGCCAUUGUACGAGGGCAGGCCCUUGUAAAAUUGGGUCUGGGUGUGAUGUCGGGUUGCCAAACAGAGGAUCUCGCAGGCGGUCUCUCUCAUGUGGAGGGUGUGGUAACAUGUGUGGCAGGGAUGAGCCCGAAAUGACUUGUGAUGUUGGCUCUAGGCAGAUAGAGGUGAAAAAUCUUGCAGAGACUCAAAAAAGUGUUCAGAACAAGUUACGCGAUGCCCUUGAUCCGGGAAAAGGUAACAGACUGCCCCCUGCCUGGACUGGGUCCACAGUAGAAAACCUGGAGAUCUUGAAUGAAAGCAUACUUAAUGUAACCAUAGAUAUACAACCCAGCAAUACAACAAAAUCCAAGGCACAAACAGAUCUUAAGAAAUCCCAUAAAUUUUUUGAAAAUACACCUUCUGAUUUAAACCUCGCUCAGACCCAAAUGCCAGAUUUCAUUUUGUUUCCUAAGUGGGAAACUGAGGUUAUGGAAAAGUCAGAAAAUGAGUUAAACCAAUCACAAAUUACAGAGACUAAACACAGGCUGCUUGAUUGUAAAGACAAUGACAAUCCUGGUCAAACGGGUUCUGGCAGAAUUCUGGAGUUCUUGAGUUUGUCAGGAUGCUACCAGAUUACUGACGAAGGACUAGAGCAUAUGAUCCAAGAUGGUGGCCUACCCCACCUGCAUCACCUUGACCUUUCUGGCUGUCUUAACGUGACUGGGGAGGUCAUCGCAGACCUGGUCACCAAUGCAAACAAGCUGAGCCCUGCCCACUUGUUCUUCUGUGACAACAUAGAGGAUGGGCCUUACCCUGAAGAGGCAUCAGGAUGUCAAAACUUACAGUCUAAGUCCCGUGUUUGCUGUCGGUGUGGUGAAUAGACAAUCAUGUUUGGUUGGGCGAACAAAUCUGACUGAAUUGUCUUUUUGGACAAGACCUGGCACUUCCUGAAGAUAGCAACAACUAGAAGAAAAUGACAGAAACAGGAACUCGGAUUUCAUGCUGUAUCAUCACCGUGCUUCAUUGUCAAAAUAUUCAUUCGAUUGUAUUGAUUUAGAAGCAGAACACAAAUAGAAAUGUAAAAAAGCUUAAGAUAAUAAUUGCUUUAUAUUUACAUUUUAUCUACUUGUUGAAGAUAAGUAAUGUGUACCAGUUAUGAUAUUCCAGUUUUGUAAAUGUCAUUAUUUUUCUCCACGUUUUUUUUUUAAACUAGGUGUUAGCACACGUGUAAGGGUGAUCCUAUUGGUGCAGAUUCUGUACUUAUUGCAAUUUAUUAUAUGUUGUUGUUGGGUUUUUUCAAUUGCUUUGAAAAUUAAGAUGACAAAAAUGUUGACUGUUGAACCUUUUUUGACUUUACUGAUUGUGCAGGCAACAGAUUGAAACUGAAGUUUGUAUUUUAUUUUAUUUGUGAAAGUCAUGCUGUGAACACUCAACAGAUUUACUUGUGCAUUUAUUUCAGUCACUAAAAUAAUCUGUAUGUGUUUGUGUUACACAUAGAUGUAAAAUUGUGUUAGUUUUUAUGUCGCCUGGGUGGCCUGGCAGCCAAAUAAAGAUAAUGUUGUCUGGCAGAGGCAGCAGCUGCAAUGCUUAAAUUUCGGCCAUGGCAUCACACAUCUAUAUCAGCUUACGCAUUUGUUAUCAAAUCUUUACCAAACUUGGUUGCAUUGUUUAUAAAAUCCUGACCGAGUUCAAUCAACAGCCAAAUUGCACUAUUAGCUCUAAAGUUUGACCGUUGAAUUGUCAAAAUUUGAUAAAACUCACUUUUUCCCCACUCCAGCUUAUGCAUCUUAUCCAAUCUUUACCAAACUUUGCUACUGUGUUACUUGGCUUUAUAUCUGGACUGAGUUUGAUCAACAAUGUUUCUAGACUUACUGUUUUUAAUUUGUCAACAUUUUACCAUUUUCGCACUUUGUCCACUCUCUUACUUCAGCUUUUCUUAUUCUAAUCUUUACCCGCAUUGGUUGCCAUAUGUAUCCGGGGCACAAUAUCUCAACUGAGUUCAUUCAACAGCCAGAUAAUUUUAUCAUAUUGGGAGUAAUGGCCCCUGAAUCGUCAAAUACUUACCAAAUCCACUUUGACCACCCUCUAACUUGAGCAGUUGUGAACAAACCAUCACUAUAUAAUAGGUUACAAUGGUUAAAGGCAUAAUGUCUCGAACAAGUUUGAUCAACAGCCAGAUCACGAUAUUCACUCUGGAGUUAUGGCUCUAAAUUUGUCAAAAUUUUACCAAAUUUACUUUUGACUGUCGUCUCGUUUUUUUUCAAUCCUUAGCAAAAGGGGUGACAAUGGUAAUGGGUAUAAUAUCUCAUUUGUUUUUGAAACACAAGCAUAUCACAUUAUUUGUUCCAGGGGUAUGGGCAAUAAAAUUGUAAAGAUCAAUUUCACUUUGCUAAUUUUAGUAGGCCACGCCAUACAAUUGGGACUAUGAUUUCAGUAUAUCCCUUGACCAAGCAAUGUUCAGCUUGCAUGAAUGACCUACCUAAGGCAUAACAACUAUAUUUUAUAAUACUUUACUUUUUAAUUCUUUAUGCUUAUAUAAAAGUAUUGAAUAUAAAUGAAAAUAUCUGCAUUUGCUAUGGCACAUACAAAUGGUUUGUAAAUGAUGAUGCGCGCCCCGGACAGGUGACAUAUCUGAUUCCCGAAAGUUUUGUUCAAAGGUUAGUUUUCUAUCAAUUUCUAAAAUGUGAUUAUGAAUACGGGGUAACAGUUUGCAACUCCAUGGCGGAAAUACAAAUUCAGCCUUCUGUGUCUGUUGAUAUGAGUUUGAGGAGGAGUAUGAUGUAUUGUUUUAUAAAAAUCAGUGUGUUGGUCACUGUGUUAUUUUUUUUUAUGCAGAGAAUCCUCGAUGUUCAUCUUUGCUCCUAUUUUUGCUUUAUUCAAUUAUUUCUGGUUAAAAUUUCUAUGGUACAUUGUUAUAAAAUAUUUCUUUUUAGCUUGGUCAGCUCAUCGUUGGCAACCAUGGUACUUUCUUCCAUUACACUCCAUAUAUACCGUGGGACAAUUGACUGACAAAAUCUCAUUUUAAUGAAUAUGCAUGAGGCAGGAGAGACAACUCUUCUUUCGAUGAAUUCGCAUGUUACACUCAAAUAUUAUUCAAUAACUUAACAGUGUCAGUAGCUUCCGUGGCUGUGUGGUCUUGACUAUUGCCAAGUAAUAUUGUACUGUGAAGGCGGAGCCCGAUUUAACUCCGGCAUUUGCCAGAAUAUUUUUUAACCGUAAAGCAUCUGGUACUUUGCGGAACAAAUGAAACUGCCUCAUUAAUUAUUCAUGAUUAUUCAUUGCCCAUGAUACAUAAUGAGGCAUAGCGUGGUGUGUAUCAGGGGUAUCCGACGAUGGGUCAGCUUAAUAGAUGAAUCAUACUUAUUUUUGACGCCAUGUUAUAUUUUGAUAAAUAUUUGUUUGUUUACUGUGCCAAUUUACAUGCAUAAUCAGUCGUAUUUACAUUGUUUUAUAAUUAUAUUUAUGUUUGUUUUGGUCAGGCAUACUUAUAUACUUAACAUAAAACAUCUUUAUUUUUCAAGUCAGUUACAUAUUUGGAAAUAAUAUUUCUUGAAAAUAUUACACUUUCAUUCAUUGCUGUUAAAAUAAUAUCGGGCUUUUAAUUUUACAUUAAAUGCCUAGGGUCCAUUCACAUACUCUGUUAACAGGAUAAAUGUUAUAUUAAUUAUAGCUAGCAUGUAUCUGUUUACACUCAAGUUUGUUAUGUACUGUCAAGCAAUAAUAGUGGAAUAUAUUAACAUCAAUAAUAAUUUGGUAUAAUUAUACAGAAGUCUGCAGUUAAUAUUAUUAUUUCUAGUUAUUAUUUGUUGCUUAUUAUCACCAUUGGCAUAAAGAAUGGUUAUUAAUUUAUUAUUACAAUUAGCGCGGAUAAAUUGUGUCCGCUUAAUUCUUACAGAAUGUGAUUUCAAAUUAUGCUUGGUUAUGUAAUUUGCAAUACAAUGUAAGCCUUACAAAAUACUUGUAGGUAUUUAAAUGGGAGAUUAUAUUGACUGGACAUACAUGUAGCCUUUUAUGAAAGCUUGAUCAUACCUACUUAAACUAUUAAACUGUUAUAAAUGAAGAUUUACCACAGUACGGACCCUAUGACCAAUUUUGUAAUACCAUAUUUAUGUUAAUCAAUAUUUGAGUCAGACAUUCUUUGUCAUACAUUAGAUUUAAAACAGUGAUUACUCCUUUAAACUACCCCCUUCAAGCAGAAUUAAUUUAUAAUCCCUAAACAAAUUAUUAGUUAUAUUGCAAAUUAAUUUUCUUGUACACAGAGAAAAUUUUGUAAUUGGAUAUCUUAUAAUCUAUUCCAUUUAAGAAGUUGUGUCAAAAUCAUUGUUGAUCACUGUCAGUCUUAUAAGGACACAUGAUUUUAAACACUUGUUUCAUUUUGUAAAAUAUAUUAUUUUUCCUCCACAUUUUCUUUGUUGUUAUUUUUGUGGUUAGAAGAUAAAAUAUUUAUUUACAUUUUUGAAAGAAGGUUUUAAAAAUAAUUGGGGAAAAAAGCCCUAAAUAUAUUUCAUGAUUUGUUCGACAUUUUGCCAUAUUUGAAGUACCUUGUUGAUUAUUUUUGCCAUUAAUAUAUGUUCUUGUUCAUUAUUAUUUGUUUAAACUAAAUAGAUCUGUUUGAAUUACUCAGGCCUCACAAACUUCCACAGUUAUUUUAUUUUACCCUGAUGAUAUAUUCAGAAUUUAAAUUCCAAUUGUAUUUGCAUUUUCCAUUAAAUGUUACCAUGCACCAUGUCAUAACUUUAAUUUAAUUAUUUUGUUGAAAAAAACAUGAUUUGUUUUUAAACAAUUCACUCGGUGACAUGAGCAUAGUAAUGAAAGGCUUUUAAUUUCUGUUCACUUAACAUAAUGCACUUAAUUCCAGAGUCUAUAUAUUUAAACAGUUCCAACUAGUCCUGGCAGACUGUUUAAUAUUGAUAUAGACAGGCUUGGUUUGCUUAACAAAUAUUGAACAGUUGAAAAUAGAAUCACCUUUUUUAUUGAGAAUGGAACCCAUUGUAAGCCAUGAAUGUCACCGGCUCUUGACGUCAACUACUGAAUAACUAAGAACAAGUGCAUUAUCCAUUUUUUGCAUAAGUAAGUUGAAUAUACAUUAUAUGUUUUGUUUCAUGUAUGUUUAGCACAACACUAUGCUGUUACACAUGUAUAUAUUAUUUCAGAAUAUAAAUGAUGUUUCUGUAUAA